GCGUACAUAUUUAUUUUCCAACUAAACCAACACGUUUUGCCAUUCAAACGGUCUUCUUUCUCGAGCAAGAAGUGGGAGGCGCCGCCGGCUAUUUAGUCCGUCUCGCGCAUUCCCCUCGCAUUCUUUCGCUGUCAAUUUUACGCUCCUUCUUUCUUCUCAUUCUUCAUUCUUCCACAAGCUCUGCUUUUUGGAACCGCUUUGCAGCUUGUUAUCAAGGUCGAGCCGCUGAAUUUGGUAGCAAUUUUUGGCGAGCGUCUUGUUUGGGUUCAGAUCUUUUGAGAUUUUCCUAUAUUUAGCGACUGAACUCCGUAUCAAUUCCGAGGAAUAGCUUGGUAAACCCAUUAGCUAAUUAAUAAUGGAGGCCGCGUUGCAAAUUGGUGGAGCCGAAACUUUGUGCCCUGUUUUAUCGAGAAGAUCUUCCUACGCCCGGCCUCCAUGGUCAAAAAGCCUUCGUUUUGCUACUUCCGUGGCUUCGGUAUCUGGUUUUUCGUAUUCGACUGCGAGAAGUUUUUGUACAAGCACAGUCGUGAAGGUGAGUUGCGAGGGAGGGAUGGUAGACGUUCUUGAGAGGAAGGUAACCGCCGAGAAUCAGAGUUCCGGCAAAGCGGAUAAUCGGUUGACCUGUGUCAUGAAAUUCGGUGGCUCGUCAGUGGCCUCCUCGAGUAGAAUGAGAGAGGUUGCUGAGCUUAUACUCAGCUUUCCGAAGGAGAGGCCGGUAGUUGUUCUCUCGGCGAUGGGAAAGACGACUAAUAAGCUUUUAUUGGCUGGAGAAAAGGCUGUCGGCUGUGGUGUUACCAACAUAUCAAGUAUUGAUGAGCUGAGCUUUAUAAAAGAACUGCAUCUCAGGACCGUGGAAGAACUUGGAAUAGACGAGUCCGUCAUUGCAACACACCUAGAAGAAUUGGAGCAGCUUCUGAAGGGAAUUGCCAUGAUGAAAGAGUUGACUCUACGAACAAAAGAUUAUUUGGUUUCAUUUGGAGAGUGCAUGUCCACUAGGAUCUUUGCAGCAUAUUUGAAUAAAAUUGGUGCUAAAGCUCGCCAAUAUGAUGCAUUUGAGAUUGGUUUUAUAACCACAGAUGAUUUCACAAAUGCGGACAUUUUGGAAGCAACAUAUCCCGCUGUUGCAAAAAGGUUACUUGGUGAUUGGGUUUGUGAUCCUGCAAUACCAAUUGUUACUGGCUUCCUUGGAAAGGGAUGGAGGUCAUGCGCAGUUACUACGUUGGGUAGGGGUGGUAGCGAUUUGACAGCCACAACCAUUGGUAAAGCAUUGGGAUUGCGAGAAAUACAGGUGUGGAAAGAUGUUGAUGGUGUUUUAACAUGUGAUCCUAACAUAUACUCACAAGCAGAACCCGUGCCAUAUUUGACAUUUGAAGAGGCUGCUGAACUUGCAUAUUUUGGUGCUCAGGUACUGCAUCCGCAGUCUAUGAGACCAGCCAGAGAAGGCAAUAUUCCUGUUAGGGUUAAAAACUCUUACAACCCUAAUGCUCCAGGUACUCUUAUAACCAGGACAAGAGAUAUGAGUAAGGCAAUAUUAACUAGUAUUGUUUUGAAACGAAAUAUAACUAUGCUGGAUAUUGUUAGCACUAGAAUGCUUGGUCAAUAUGGCUUCCUUGCUAAGGUAUUUUCGACAUUUGAAGAUUUGGGCAUAUCGGUGGAUGUUGUAGCUACCAGUGAAGUCAGUGUUUCCUUGACACUAGAUCCAUCAAAGCUUUGGAGCAGAGAGCUAAUUCGGCAGGCAAGCGAACUUGACCAUGUUGUGGAGGAGCUUGAGAAAAUUGCUGUUGUGAACCUCCUUCAGCACAGAUCAAUCAUUUCUCUUAUUGGAAAUGUUCAGAAAUCGUCGCUUAUACUAGAGAAGGCAUUCCGUGUUCUUCGAACAAAUGGAGUCAAUGUUCAGAUGAUCUCUCAGGGUGCAUCCAAGGUCAAUAUAUCGUUGGUUGUAAAUGACAAGGAAGCAGAUCAAUGUGUCAGGGCUCUCCAUUCGGCUUUCUUUGAGAGUGAUCUUUACUAAACAACUUUCUUCUGAUUCAACAUGCUCUCUCGCGCAUUGAUGGCGCCUUCGAUAUUUUGUAGCAGUUGCAAUUUUCUCAAGGUUAACUUAUUUGCUGUACUACUAGUUAGUUCUCAACAUUAGCUCUAUGCUUAACUUUCUCAUGGCUCGGGGGAAGUUCUCGUUGUCCAAUUAAGAUAGGCCGUUGUUAUCGCCAUCUUGUUUCUUCAAGAAUAUAUCAGAUUUAACUCUUAAGGUUAUGGAUAAUGAUAAUUUUGAACGUCUGCUGCA